UUGAUUUGAGUUUAAAGUUUCAGUUCUGAAUAUUUUUUUGUAAACUAAUAUUGCCGUUAUUUGUAUAAAAUAGAUAAAAAAUGGAUUAUUCGACAAUUAGUAACAAAACCAAUAUAACAGAAACUGAGGAUUUAACAAGCGGUGAACUUUCUGAACAGUAUUAUUCACUUCGAAAACAAUACGAGAAUUUAUCCAACAACUUCGACGCUAUUAAACAAGAGCUCCACGAUACAAGGCGAAGUUAUCAAACUGCAUUAGACGUUCAGAGUCAUCUCACUGCUGAAUUAGAGAGCUAUCAAGCAGAUGAACAAAAACGUAGAAGUGAACUAACAUCACGUAUUACCGCUUUUCAAGAAGAAAUAUCAUCAUUGAAACAAGAACGUACGGAUUUGGCAGAGCGACAUGUCAGUGAAAUUAGGAUUCUAGAAAUAGAAAAUAAACGUUUAAAAGAAGAACAGGUUAUCGUUAAUCGCCAAUCACCCGUGCCUGAUACCUCAGAAAUAGACGAAACGCGUGCAGCACUAUCGGCUGCGGCAUCUGAAGCGUUUGCAGCAAAAACGGCGCUUGAGCAAGCGCGUGCCGAAAUUUGUUCAUGGCAGAUGAAAGUUGAGGAGUUAGUGACACAAGUAAGUGAGCUUCGUGUAGCCGCGGAAAUAAGAAAAGAAGAAUUAAACGCAGCUGGAGAGCGUGAAGCUGCAGCGCUUGCAGACUUAGCAGAAGCUAGAGCUUUGCUCCACCAAGUAGAUUCUCAAGAUGCCCAACCACAUGCUGCUAAAGGUAAUUCAAUAUUUGCGGAAGUUGAAGAUAAAAGACAAGAGAUGGCUAAAAAUCUAAUACAAAUGAAACAAACAAAUUCCAGGUUAAGAAGAGACCUGGCAAACAAGCAAGCAGAGCUAGAAGCACUUUUGCAUGAGAAACAAACAGUGUGGGAACAGCAAGCCGGAGCAGCCGCUCAUCAUGACCGUGAACUUAUUGAGAGCUACGAAGAUCGCAUAACACAACUCGAAGGCUUAUGCGAGAGACAGAGGCGAGAGUUGGCGCGAUGGUUCGGUAAACUUUGCGAACCAACCGAACAGGGCUGGCUCCCGGGUGUAUUGGAUCAUCUAAAAAAUGAAUGUGAGCAACUGCGAGCAGAAGUAUUAUCUCGAGGCGCGGCUCAGCUGGCCAGCGCAGCACAAGUGAGAGAGCUGCGAAGGAAAAUCGCCCUUCUUACAGCUACAGGCGUUAGGCAAUCUCCCGUACAAACAAAUGAUGACGAUAGAGACGAUAUAGGCAUGCAGAAAGUGACUAUUCAAGUUAACAAUAGACCGACUCCAGACGAUGUUAAGAAGAAAGUGUCCUUUAAUUGAUAA